AUGACCGCUCCGCAGUUCUUCCGCUUCAUGUCGUACGUUCCUCCCUCUCAGCCAUCGUGCGUGUGCUCAACCCUAUAACUCACCCACCUUGGGUGUCAUCCUACUCCAAAACAGGGAGCGGUACCCACUCAUCUCCCAGCUCAUCCAAGAUGAUCGCAUCCCCGAGUUUGACGCGCUAUGUCAGUCGCGCUCUCUCGAUCGGACCCCACACGCGAUCCAGCUGGCAAUGACCCCCAGACAGGCGACCUUGCGCUCACACUUGUAACCCUUACCGUUCCACAGACCUCGAUAUGAACGGCAUCAUCCACAACUGCUCGCACCCGAACGACAACGACGCCUCGUUCCGAAUCACCGAAGAGCAGAUCUUCCUCGCCACCUUUGCCUACAUCUCGCACCUCUUCUCCGUCAUCAAACCCCAGAAGCUGUUCUUCCUCGCCGUCGACGGCGUCGCACCGAGGGCCAAGAUGAACCAGCAGCGGUCGAGGCGAUUCAGGACUGCCAAGGAGAUGAAGGAGCUCGUUGACAAGGCCAAAGACAAGGGCGAGCAGAUGCCCGAAGGCGACGGCUUUGACAGCAACUGCAUCACCCCCGGCACACCCUUCAUGGCUCGUCUCUCGGAACAACUCAAGUACUUUAUCGCCAAAAAGGUCUCGGAGGACGCCGACUGGAGAGGCGUCGAGAUCAUUCUUUCCGGCCACGAGGCGCGUUCCGCGUUCGGGGCCUCACACCAGCGCGUCGGCCUCUAAUUUGACCCCGUCUCCUCUGACCCUCCUCAGGUUCCCGGCGAAGGAGAGCACAAGAUCAUGGAGUACAUCCGACUCAACAAGGCCCAGCCCGGCUACGACUCGAACGUCCGCCAUUGCAUGUACGGCUUGGACGCAGACUUGAUCAUGCUCGGGCUCUUAUCCCACGACCCUCAUUUUUGUCUUUUGCGCGAGGAGGUCACCUUCGGGCCCAAGAAGGGCAAAGCCAAGGGGUGAGCCCCAAAAUAGACGACACUGCAUCUCAAUCUAUCUCUGACACAAUGAUGGCGCUCCACAGCCUCGAAGCCCAAAAGUUCUUCUUGAUGCACCUCUCCCUCUUCCGCGAAUAUCUCGAUCUCGAGUUCCAGGCACUGAAGACGAGCUCGGCCUUGCCGUUUGAAUAUGACCUCGAGCGGAUCAUCGACGACUUCAUCUUGCUCAACAUCUUUGUCGGCAACGAUUUCUUACCGCAUCUUCCGGGAUUGCACAUCAACGAAGGAGCCUUGGGUCGCUUGUUCGAGAUUUACAAGCGCAUCUUACCUACGGCCGGUAAGUGCUGCUGGCGUCUGCUUCGCAUACGAGGUAGCCGUCACUGACGAUGUCGCUGCAACAAGGCGGCUACUUGAACGAGCAUGGCAACCUUAAUGUCAAACGACUCCAGCUCGUACUCGACGAGCUGACCAUAUUCGAGCAGGAGCACUUCGAGUACGACUUUGCCGACUCGAGCCUUUUCAAGGCCAAGCCCAGUCGCGCGAUCGAAAAAUCGGGCAAGCAGACCAAUGGCAAGCUAGGUGAGCUGCGCACAACAUUGACAUUAACAUGGCCCCUGACAGUGUCUCUUUUUUCCCCAGUCAUUACCAAAGCCCAGAAGGCCAUCUUCACUCGCGUCCAGAAAUUUCUAAAUGACAACAUGCCCGAGCUCUCGCCCAACGCACGGCUCGAGCUCCCUGGCCCGCUCCCCUCGCGCGACCAACACUUCCUCGCCACCUUGGCCGAGAAGUUGCAGCUUUCGGUCGCGUACGACGAGUUCGACGAAGACGACAACCCUAUCGUCGUGCUCAGCUAUGAAGAGUCAUUGCUCGCGUCCGCGCGAAACGACUCGGAAGGCCAGCACUGGCAGCUCACGAUUGGCCGGGUCUUGUCCAAGUAUGAGAGUGCCGAGACGCCAAGACAAUUGACUGAGGAAGAACAGGAAGAUGAACACAAGGUCGAGGUUCAACAAAAGAUGCUAGACUGGAAGAAGGAGUAUUACAAGGUGCGCCUCGAACAGGUCUCACACGGUCAUAUCGUGCUCAUUGUAGGAACUGUUGUUAUACACAGGAGAAACUCGAGUUCGAUGCCAGUGACCCUUCGCAAGUCGAUCAACUCGCUUACCGAUAUAUCGAAGGAUUGCAAUGGGUCUUGCGCUACUACUACUCGGGUGUCGCGUCAUGGGGCUGGUUCUACAACUACCACUACGCACCCAAGAUUUCCGGUGAGUCGGGCAGUCAGGAGCGUGGACCGUCGCGCUCGACCCUGACCAGUGAUGAGUGUGGUCCGCCCGCGUUCCCUCCCGACAGACCUUAACAAGGCCUACACUUACGAGUUCAACUUUGAGCUCGGCAAGCCCUUCAAGCCAUUUGAGCAAUUGAUGGGCGUGUUGCCCGACCUGUCAUCGCAACAUAUUCCUCUCGCCUUCCGCGACUUGCUCUCGGACCCGACUUCGCCCAUCCUUGACUUUUACCCCGUCAACUUUGAGCAAGAUCUCAACGGCAAGAAACAAGACUGGGAGGCAAUCGUCAAGAUCCCCUUCAUCGACGAGAAGCGCCUCCUCGCUACGAUGGCCACUCGAGAGCCCCGGCUGACGAACGAGGAGCGCAAGCGCAACUCGUUCGGCGACAGCUGGCGGUUCAAUUAUGACCAGAAGCGCGACGCGGUCUACCCGUCGUCGUUGCCUGGCUUCUUCCCCGAUCUGUACAACUGCCACACCGUCGUCGAGCCUUAUCACCUGCCGACUCUGGACGGAUCGCUCAAAUUGCUUCCUGGCCUCGUGCCCGGCGUCCUGCUGGGCAAGGAUGCCAUCUCCGGCUUCCCGUCCCUGCAUACGAUCCCUUUCACGGGCCGACUCGACUUCCACGGCGUCAGCAUCUUCCAACGCGAAUCGCAAAAGGAGACGAUGGUCGUGCAAAUCGACAAUCUUUACGACGGCAUCAAGUCCGAGGACAUCGCGGCUUUACUCGUCGGCAAACGCAUCUACGUCGGGUACCCCUAUCUGCAGGAAGCGCUCGUCGUCGCCAUCUCGGACGAGCUGUUCCGCUGCGAUAUCGAUGGCCAAGUCGACGAGGGGAGAGGCGGGCGAACGCGCGUUCGACUCAGUCCUCAGCCCAACACAAUGGAUUGGAAGCGCAAGGCGCAGAACAUCGAGCACACGCUUUCCAAGAAGCAGGGUCUGCUCGUCGGGCACUUGGAUCACCUCGUCCAUGUCAAGACACUGAAGGGUGAGGUCGCAUGCCUGUGCUGAAUGCCGAUGUACCCGAAAUACUGACCGAUCAUCUUUCUCACACCUUGCGUAGGCCUCAAGCGAAUGGAGGACGGCGCUCAAGUCAAGGAGUGGGACGACGAGGAGCAGCAUUUUGCUCUGCAGGCGACCGUGGCCGAGGUCAGCAACGAGGACGUGCGAUACCUCGAGAGCCCCGCGAUCCCCGUCGACGUCGAGUUCCCCGAGGGCGCCAAGGUCUUCUUCUUCGGCGCACCUGCGUACGGAGCUCCCGCCCAGGUCGUCGGUCAUGACGGUGACGCCCUUGCGAUCCGUGUCGCGUUCUUCCCGACCGAUAAACUCGAGAAUCGCGUCUUCAAGACGCGCCUAGAAGCGUUCGGCACAGCCGACUAUGUGCCUGCGCAUGCCGUCGCUCGUCGAUUGCGCAUCUCGGGUCUGACCUUGUCCAAGAUCACCUCGAGCGUCUUGAUCACGCACAACGACAACAAGCUCAACAUCGGAUUGAACCUCAAGUUCGAGGCCAAGAGUCAGAAGGUGUUGGGCUACUCGCGCAAGGGCGACUCGAGUUGGGAGUUCACCCACAAGGCGAUCGAGCUCAUCACCGACUACUGCCGGUCGUUCCCGGAGAUCAUCCAGGCUAUGGACACGCGUGGCAAAAGCGGUAAGACCAAACGUGACUCGUUUCCGGUCUUGUCGUAGUACCGACUGAUCUGUGAUCCGUGCGCAUCCACAGACCUCAGCCGUUCGAUCGACUUCUUUGCGCCCAACGCGGCCGAUCAGCGCGUCAAGGACCUCAGCGCUUGGUUGAAGCAGAAGGGCGUCAAAGACCUCGAAAGGGUCGCACUGUGGUCCGAUCAACUCGACAAGACUGCGGUGCAGAUGGUUGAACAACUCGCUGAUCGACUUGGCAGCCAAAAGCACGGGGGCAACAUCAAGCAGGCCGUCAUCAAGGGUAUCCCUCGUCACGGCUUGCUCAAGCCCGCGCACGCUUUGACCCGCCUGCGGGAUCAACACUUUAGCCUCGGCGAUCGUGUCGCCGUCGUUUCGGAAUCGGGUAGCGUUCCCUUGUCCGCCAAAGGCACGGUCGUCGGCAUCCAGACGGGAUUUAUUGACGUCGUGUUCGACGUCCAGUUCCUUGGAGGAUCGACCUUGGGCGGUCGAUGCUCGGACUACCGCGGUGCGACCGUCGGGCCUGCGACCGUGCUCAACUUGACGGACAUGCAGUUCGUGCACUCGAACGCGCCUCCCGCACCUGCAGGUCAAGCCAACGGUCACGGCCAUGGUACGAAUGGUGCGGUGCGAGGUGGUGGCCGAGGUGGACACGCUGCACCUCGCGGCAACGCCAACGCUCACUUCACCAAAGGACCUCGAGGAGGACCGACGAUCCUACCCGCUCAGGGCCUGCCCGCCGGUGGGUUCCAUCCUGCCCCUAAUACGAACCGAGCAGGAGGUCGGCCGAACGGAGUUGCAACGAAUGGUCACCAGGUCACCGUGCUUAAGAAAGCCGCACCUGCUUUCGAUCCCAACGCUUACGGCGAGGUCGCUACAGGCGUUCACAAGCCCUCGGCGAAUCCGGCUCAACUUUUGACGGCACCCGGUCAGAAUGGCCAGGCCAACAAACAAGCGCGUUUGGGUUCGUUGCUCGGUAUUCGACCGAACCAACCGUUCCCCCAACAGAAGCAGCAACAGCAAUUGGGUUCCCUGCUCGGGAUCCCCGUUCACGCCGCCGCUCCGAUCGCUCAGCAAUUCAACGGCCGUGGAGGACGAGGUGGUGGUGGUGGAGGAGGGCACACAGGUGUACACGCCAUGCCCGCUCGUCGAGGUUUGCCUGGCCAGAACUUGCACGGCGCCGUUCCGAAUGGGAGUGGAGUCAAUAUCCCUCCACCUGCUGCGUUGGUCGCGGCUUCGAACCGAGGGCGUGGGAGAGGAGGGAGAGGGGCUCCUGUGCGAGGCGCGGGUUAUCGAGGAGGGAGAGGUGGGGCCCAUCAUGGUACCGCCAAUGGAGGACCUUCAACGUCGGGUGUGGCUACAACGACGCAGUAA